UAGUUUCCGUAUAAAGUUUAGCUUUUUGAGCCUCGAAGAAAAAGGAAUGGUGUGUGGUGCUGUAAUCUAUGAUAUGCUAUGGGAAUAGUGAAGAAAGAAUGAUUGAGACAUCAUGAGAAAGAUGACACAAACCCAAAGGAAGUUCUCUUACCCAUGACAUGUCUCUUUUUACCUUCUUCUUCUGUGUAAUUUAGAAUUGUCCCCACAAAGUCUGUCUUCACUUCAAGACAAAACUGCCUCCACCAAUAAUCUCUUCUUUGCUCUGCUCAGCCUCACCAACUCUUACAGUACCCCAAAUACAUCUAUUUUCUUACCUCUCUGUUUUUUUUACAGCUCCUCUGUUUCCACUCUAUUCAAUAGCUUACUAAAGGACUCACUGUUCUAUAUAAAGCUAACAGUUACAAUUCCAGAAAAGCUCAAAAUCAGAAGAUAGUACCUGAGUUUCCUCUUCUGCCUCUUUGGUGAUUCUCAGCAUUUAUUAUCACUCACUCGUCCUGCGUUCAUUACAUUACAUAACAAACAAGCGCUCUCAAAAUGGAGAGGUUUCAAGGACACAUCAACCCCUGUUUUUCGAAUCGGAAAGCGGAUGUGAAAAGCCUAGAAGUUCAAGGAUUUGCCGAGGUUCAAAGCUUUGCCAUUAAAGAAGAGGAAGAAAGCUUACAAGAUACAGUUCCAUUCCUACAGAUGCUGCAAAGUGAAGACCCCUCAUCGUUUUUUACAAUCAAAGAGCCAAACUUUCUAACGCUAUUGUCGUCUCUUCAAACCGUCAAAGAGCCUUGGGAACUCGAACACUAUCCGGAGUUUCAUUCACCCGUUCGCUUCCCGAUUUCAGCAUCAUCCAUGGAAGGAACAAAUCAAGCUUUGUCAAGCCAAGAAAUUUUCUUAAGCCAAGCAAACAUGACACUCCCUUCUUCUACAUCAUCCCCACCACUCACUGCAAAUUCAAGACGAAAGCGCAAAACCAACAACUUGCUCCCACAAGAAAUGGCUCGAGAAAAGAGAAGGAGGAGGAAGACCAAACCAAGUAAAAACAUUGAAGAGAUUGAGCAUCAAAGAGUAAACCACAUUGCUGUUGAACGAAACCGACGGCGUCAAAUGAACGAACAUAUCAGCUCCCUCCGUGCCCUUCUCCCACCUUCCUACAUCCAACGAGGAGACCAAGCGUCUAUAGUAGGAGGAGCUAUAAACUACGUGAAGGUCCUCGAGCAAAUCAUACAAUCUCUUGAAACGCAAAAGAGAAGGCAACAAAGCAGUGAGGGAAACGCGAGUAAUCAUCUCUCAGGCAUUUCGUCGAACGAGUUGUGGACGACUCGGGAAGAUCAAAGUUGCAUCCCCAAAAUCGAAGCUACAGUGAUACAAAACCACGUCAGCCUAAAAGUUGAAUGUCUGAAGAAACAAGGACAACUUCUCGAAGGAAUCGUUUCACUAGAAAAGCUUAGACUCACUGUUCUUCAUCUCAAUAUCACAUCUUCAUCUCACUCCUCUGUUUCUUAUUCCUUCCAACUCAAGAUGGAGGAUGACUGCGAGUUAGAAUCGGCCGAUAAGAUUACGGCGGCGGUGCAUCAGAUAUUCGAUAUUCCGACGAUUUGAUUAAACACAUAAAAAUCCAAAAAAAUAAAAUAAAACAGCUAACAAAAUUGUAGUAUCUUUUUUUUUAUCAUUUAAAAAAGAAUAAAAAGUUAGGGUUUUUUUUUCGUUCUUUCGUUUU